AUGAGGGAUCCUUACAUCCUACCAUGCGGACAUUCCUUUUGCUUGCGACCCUGUUUGCUAGCGCAGGAUGGAGCUUUGAAAGCACGUUGCAUCAACUGCGAUGUGGAGUUUGAGACCACAAAAUUACGACCCAACCACAAAAUAGCGUUGCAGAUCUGUCUGACAGCGCUACAAGAAGAAGUAGAAGAAGCAAAUGAGCAGGAACAGACAGAAGAGCAACAGAAUCAGAACAAGCAGGCGGAAAAAGAUGGAGAGACCCAGAUAAAGGCCGAUGCGAUAAAGGCAAAUGCGAAAGGAACUUUGGAGAUGCAUCUUCAGCAACUAAAGGAGUUAAUGAUCUCGGAGUUGGAUCCGGGACAGUAUGCAAAGGCUGAAAAUGUUGGUGCCUUGGAAAGUGCAAUGAAGAAGUUACAAGAGACUUCAUGCAAGGCACUGGAUUCCAUCAUCGAGAAAUUACAAAUGGACAGUUACGAGAGCAUUGACGAAUUGACCCAACAAAUCGCUGAACUUUCAAUCGAGGUUGCUAAAAUUAGAGACGUUUAUUCGUCCUUGAAGGGAAUUACACAGAAGCAACCGGCCUCGCAAGACAUCUUCAACCCUGAAGUCGACCUUGUGAAUGAGGGCGCAGCGCAGACCAACACAUCAGCUCCAAUCGUAUCAAGGACCGCCAAGCUGCUAACAAGACUCAUCAAUCUAAAUAUGGCUGUCAAUGACCUCCGAGAUAUCCGGACUAGUUUGCAAGAUGAGGAGGAGCAGAGCGUGCUUCAGUACUCCCGCAUUUGCGAGGAACUGAACACAGCUGUGGCAACGAUCGAGGCCGCUCUAACCAGAAGCCUCAAAAUAAAUCUGCUGAGGGUGGAGGCCAAUGACAUAAGUGUUCAAAGGGACCUCGAGAACUUGAGAUUUGGCAUAGGAGAAGCUCGAAAAGUCCUGCCCUCUAUUGAAGAUAUUUUUACAUUAGUUUAUGACGAAAAG